AUGGCUAUAAGAAGUGACGCCCCAACGUACAACCAGUACGUGUUAGGUCCGCAGCACGUGCAGAGCGCGUGGUCAAUGCUCUCCCCGGGUGUUGCCAGCUGGCAUCUCGCUCCACUCACUUGCCAACCCAACCUUAUCCAUUUUCUUAUAAAGUUGAGCUAG